AUGGAUCAGCACCAGGGCAGCCAAGUCAGGUCGUCAGAUGGGUUUUACCUGCCUUUGAACAUUGCCUUCUAUCUGUGCUUCGCAUCGCACCUGCUAGCAGCUCUUUACGCUCCAAUCCAAGAUUGUGAUGAGACCUUCAAUUACUGGGAACCUCUGCAUUAUCUCAACCAUGGCUACGGUCUUCAGACGUGGGAGUAUUCUCCAGAGUUCAGCAUCCGAAGCUGGGCAUACAUUGCUAUACAUGCGAUCCCAGCCAAGAUCGCAGGUCUAUUUGCAAGCAACAAGUCCUUUGAGUUCUAUGCUCUGCGAGUGUUGCUCGCCUUUGUCUGUGCAGCGACCGAAACUCGACUGUACUCAGCAAUAUCCCGUGUCCUCAAUCCAAGGAUUGGAGUCAUGUAUCUGAUGAUUGUUGCUUUCAGUCCUGGCUUCUUCUAUGCAUCCUCUGCAUUCCUGCCAUCCAGUUUCGCCAUGUAUACAUCCACCUUGGGCCUGACCUCGUUUAUGGAUUGGCAUGGUGGCUCUAAGACCGCGACCGGCAUCAUGUGGUUUGGCCUUGGCGCUAUGCUGGGAUGGCCAUUCGCCGGUGCACUCAUUAUUCCAUUUGUGAUCGAGGAAUGGUUGAUGGCACUGGUGGGACAUGCGGACAUUGUUGAGACGUUCGGACAUUACCUCGAUGGUCUCGUUCGCUGUCUUAUCGUCCUAGCUCUUCAAGUCAGUGUCGACGCCUUCUUCUACCACAAGCCGGUUGUUGUGCCUUGGGAAAUCGUGGCAUACAAUGUCUUCGGUGGCAAGGAUCGUGGCCCAGACAUCUUCGGAACGGAGCCGUGGGACUAUUAUGUUCGAAACCUGCUGCUCAACUUCAACUUGUGGUUCGCCCUAGCCGCCAUUGCAGGACCUCUUGUUCUUUUCCAGUCCCUUAUCUUCAAGCAAAGAACCACGAAUCAGCCGAUACUAAGAACACUUACCUUCCUGUCGCCUUUCUACAUGUGGCUUGUCAUCUUUACCAUUCAGCCCCAUAAAGAGGAAAGAUUCAUGUUCCCAGCAUACCCCUUCCUGGCUCUCAACGCGGCCAUCGCAUUCCACUCACUCCUGGCUUGGAUCGGCUCACCAGAUUCUGUCAUCUUUGCCAGGAUUCCAGGCAAACUCAAGCUGGCUGCGAUUCUGCCGGUCGUCUUCCUUGCCAUCAAUGUCGGCCUGUUGCGUAUUGUUGGGACUGUCACAGCGUACAGAGCGCCACUGCAGGUUUAUGAUGCACUUGAAGCAUUGAACGCUACUCAUAGCGCAGAUACAGUGUGUUUCGGUAAAGACUGGUACCGGUUCCCAUCAUCACACUUUCUCCCAGACGGGGUGCAUGCCAAGUUCAUCAAGAGUGAGUUCGACGGGCUCCUUCCGGGCGAGUUUCACGAAGGUAAAACAGGAUUCGGAUUGUUUCCAGGAACAUGGUUGAUUCCAUCCGGCAUGAAUGACCGCAAUGAAGAAGACCCCGGAAAAUACAUAGAUGUGCAGCAUUGCGCUUACUUGGUCGAUUCUUACAUGCCUGACACGAAAGCGACUGAACACGAGCCGCUAUAUGCCCUGGACGAGGACUGGGAACAGGUCUCAUGCGUUUCGUUUCUGGACACUUCCCGGACUGGCAUCAUUGCGAGAACGAUAUGGCUCCCGGAUCUACCAUUCAUCCCUUCAAAGUAUCGUCGGCACUGGGGAAAACAUUGUCUCUUGCGGCGUGGGAAUACAAAGGUAGUCGGAAUAUGGGCGCGGAAAAAUAUGCAGAAAAUUGUACUUGAAGAGAGACGCCUCAUAUCUAUGCGAGGUAAUGCUAUGCGAGGUCUUCCCAGAACGGUCUGGCCUUAUCCUCGCGGUAAACUACCCGCUUGCUGCCCACGCCAUCAUCAUUGCUCAUCGAUAUUAAAUUCCGCUCAACAAGAUCUCCACACAUUCCUCCAGAGACCUCACGUAUCACAUCUCCUCCCCGCCGCGGCCUUCCUCAUCGUUCUCACCAUCGCCCUCACACAAUAUCUCGCCAGCCGGCGCCAACAAGCCACGAGCAGGCCGUCGACGCCAACUAUAGAAAAAGCGCCACCCUCCAAAUCCCAUACUACCCGCCAGCCAGGAACAUGGGAACCAUCAUCGUUUCAACGGCCCGCGCCCGAACCAUGGCAAGGCUGGAGCAUUGAGGCAACCAAGCCAAUCCCAUACCGCCCCUUCCGCUACAAGUACUACCAAACCAUGGGGUUGAGGACAGUCAAAUGGGACGAAUGGAUCGAGCUGGACAACCAUUACCCACGCUUCCACGCCGACAAGGCGCGACGCAUCGCCGAGCGCGGACCUAAAUGCUGCCGCUCCGCGCCCGAAGCGUUACCCGCCGCAUAUGAAUUGCUGGAGGAACUCAGAUCAUACCUACCAGAGCGAUACCCGAUGCUCUACCAGCGCACCGACAAAGGCAUCAAGAACCUCUGGUCCGGCGAGGACCUCGACACGACGUCCCGCCCGCUUCCCGAGGACCCGAUGCAGACUUGCGCACGCCUCACGCAGGACGACCUAGCGCUUAUGUUCGAGCGCCCCGACGGCCAGUACUACCUUCUCGCCGGCGCGGUUCUGCUCGCAGGGUUCUGGAGAUUGGAGGACAAAUUCGGCAUGCCCCUCAGUGAAAUUCACACAUCAGGCGAUGUCCCUCAAUACCGCGAGAAACUCGAAAAGGGCAUGAUGAACUUCUUCCGCCGACUGAAACCUGAAGAAUUGAUCGCGAGAAAUAAUUACUUCCUGCAAGUCGACGAUGAUCUGGCGUGGUCGCAAAGUAUUGGCUCCGAAGAUUCAGAUGGGAUCAGCUGGAACACCGCUGAGAAGAACCGCGCGAUCGAGCACCACUUCUUCCGUAGCGAGAGACAGACAUUGCGCCGCCUGCCCAAGUCCGGAGCCGUCUUGUUCACUAUUCGCACGUAUUUCCACCCGAUCACUGAGAUAGCGGAGGAGGAUUACGUGCCUGGCCGUCUUGCCAGCGGGAUCCGCAGCUGGGGCGACGAUGUGAGCAAGUACAAGGGGAAAGCGAAGUAUGAGGAGGUGCUGCUUGAGUACCUGGACAAGAAGCACCAGGAGCAGCUUGACAGGGGUUUGAAGCUUCAGGAGGAGGAUGAGAAGAGGACUUAUCCAUUUUGA